ACAGACCUUAUUACAAAGAUGAAACCUGAUGAAACUCCUAUGUUUGACCCAAGUCUGCUCAAAGAAGUGGACUGGAGCCAGAAUACAGCUACAUUUUCUCCAGCCAUUUCCCCAACACAUCCUGGAGAAGGCUUGGUUUUGUGGCCUCUUUGCACUGCUGACUUAAAUAGAGGUUUUUUUAAGGUACUGGGUCAACUGACAGAGACUGGAGUUGUCAACCCUGAGCAAUUUAUGGAAUCUUUUGAGCACAUGAAGAAAUCUGGGGAUUAUUAUGUCACAGUUGUGGAAGAUGUGACUCUAGGUCAGAUUGUUGCUACAGCAACUCUAAUAAUUGAACAUAAAUUCAUCCAUUCCUGUGCUAAGAGAGGUAGAGUAGAAGAUGUUGUCGUUAGUGAUGAAUGCAGAGGGAAGCAGCUUGGCAAAUUGUUAUUAUCAACCCUUACUUUGCUAAGCAAGAAACUGAACUGUUAUAAGAUUACCCUUGAAUGUCUACCACAAAAUGUUGGUUUCUAUAAAAAAUUUGGAUAUUCAGUAUCUGAAGAAAACUACAUGUGCCGGAGAUUUCUAAAGUAA